AUGUCUUUGUCUUACUUAGUUUCUUAUGGCUAUAAAAAUAUAUCUUUAUUUACAUGCUAUCCGUUGUAUCUUUUCUGCUUUUCUCUCUCUUUACCACUCAGCCAUUCUUUCUUUCUUUCUUUCUUUCUUUGUAACAUCGUUCGAAAUCUAAUCUUAUUCCGCCCGAGUCAUCAACUCUUUCAUAACAAUAACUUCAUACAUUCUUUUUUUUUUUUUGGUUUCUUAUCGACGCCACGAACGAAACCUUACCUUCUGUCAUCUACCCGAAUCACACACUGCUCUAAAUAUGCCACCGCAGCUUUCCACCCUUUGUCGAUUCUAACCUCCAAUACCACAUCAGUGGUUUCCCAUGUACCGUUCCCAAUCCCUACGUGUCUCCCCCUUCCACCGCUCACGAAUCCACGUUCUCUUUUCCCAGAUUUCUUACCGACGAAAGUGUCUACUUUCACUUUCGCUUUCACAUUCAGUUUCGUUAUACUCGUCGUCGUAGUAAAUUCUCGUGUUCGUUUGCUUUUUAGCCCGGCUACCUGCAGCCGAGGGUUGGAACAACAGCAGUAUCAGCAGCUGUGCCUGCUGCACUUCCUUAGAAAUCUUUGUGUCGUUGCUGUAGUGGAUAAAUCUAUCUAUCUAUCUAUCUAUCUAUCUAUCUAUCUAUCUAUUAAUUAA